UCGUUGUUGUGUCGCUUGUGUAGACCGCACCCUCUGUCAAAAGGGGCACAAAAAAAGGAUCCUACAAUUUCGCUGCUGCCGUCUCGCCGAAUCGGUGGAACGAAAGAGAGAAGAGUGUGUGGUGUCUGAGCUGGCGUGAAUGUGUGCAAGCCGUAUACAUAUAUCCGUGUAUAUAUAGAUACAUACAUAUUCUCACUCACUCACUCACACUACAUACAUAUUUAUAUACGUGUGUAUGUGCGCUGGUCACUGUUUAUGUGUGUGUGUGUGUGUGUUAUAUUUGCAGUAAGAAGAGAGUGAAGUAAUGGUUGCAAGUGCGAGUAGUGCGGCGAGUCGUGCUUGUGCAACAUGUCUUUAGAGACGCGCUCGAGCACGGCCCUGUUCAAAAGGGCCGAGCAGUUGAGGCGCUGGGAGGAAUCGGAGACGAACCGCGAAGUGCCGAAGGACCGACAACCCAAGUCGCGGAAGAUCAAGUUCUCCUUGGGCUGCGUUUUCCUUGCAGCGUGCGCCGCGGGUGAAAAGGAAGACGUGCUCAAUCUAUUGGAUAAGGGGGCCGAUAUAAACACAGCGAACGUCGACGGAUUGACGGCGCUACACCAGGCAUGUAUAGACGACAAUUUGGAUAUGGUGGAGUUCCUUGUGGAGUAUGGAGCGGACGUGAAUCGUGGCGACAACGAAGGAUGGACUCCUCUCCACGCGACGGUGAGCUGCGGCUUCGUGUCGAUAGCCAAGUACCUGAUCGAGAAGGGUGCCAACGUGGCAGCCGUCAAUUGCGACGGAGACCUUGCCAUAGAUGUAGCCGACAUCGAGCAGAUGAAGAAGCUCAUACAAUCGGAGAUUGACGAGCAAGGUAUCGAUCCGGAGGAGGCUCGUAACGAAGAGAAGAGUUUGAUGCUGAAGGACGCCGAACAGUGGCUUGCCAACAAGAGUUCACUGGUCGACGAUCCGAACCCCAAGACCGGAGCUACACCUCUGCACGUGGCUGCUGCAAAAGGAUACCUCGAUGUGAUCAAGAUUGUGCUUCAAUGCGGAGCCGACGUCGAUAAGCAGGAUGUUGAUGGCUGGACUCCUCUACACGCGGCAGCCCAUUGGGGCCAACGAGAAGCAGCCCAAAUCUUGGUGGAGAACCACACCGACAUGGAAGCCAAAAACUAUGUGGCAUUCGAUGUGGCGGACGGGGAUAUGUACAAGUUCCUGGAAGAGCUCAAGCAGAAGCAGAACAAGGAGGAGGUGAUGAACCGCCGACAGGCGAAGAUGAAGCUGGAGGUUCUGGACAAGAACGCCGACAACGAAACGCCCAGCAAGGUUAAAAAGGUUGAGUUGGAAAUCGAGGGCGAGAAAAUCCACGCGGAUAUAGGCACUAUGGAAGUCUCUAGUGAAAGUGAGACUGAUUCAGAGAGCAGCGACGAAAGUAGUGAAACAGAAUCAGAGGACGACUCAGAUGUGAAGAAAAACAGAGCCAACGCAAUGUACGGGGUCAUCUCGAGAACUCCGAAAGUUGCGGAAAAAGAUGCUUCUCCGACUUCAACUCCGUCUCCACCGAAGGUCGACGUUACCGCCGAGGAUAACAAAAUUUGGCGAGUGCCAACAAUCCAGAAGGAUUCCACCCCAAUUAAAAGCAGCAACAGCUUCAAGAGCAAAGAUGCUAACAACGAGAACGAAGUGGUGCUCCGGAGGGCGAACAGUUUCCAAAACGAUCCAGCGUUCUACGCGCGAUAUAGGGAACUGCGCGCACGCAUCCAGGCAACUUCCUACCCUAACUAUAUCACUAACUCCUAUAUCAUACCGCCCUCUCCCAACAAGCGACAAGUCAGGUCGAGCAAGGAGGAGUCUCCGGUUGAGGUCGUCAGUCCUCCGCCGCCGCCACCCAAUGAGGCGAACAACGUCACCGUCAGUUCACCCGCCUCCAGUCCUCAGCCCAACAGUCAACCAGUCCGAAGUGGAGCGAAGUCACCGAUUAACUCGGUCCAGGAUCAACAAUCCUCAACUAACGGUGUCGCCACUCCCACGGCAACGCCCGCCAACAAUCGCCUCACUAUGAUUAAGAACUUCUUCAAGUCGUUCGUUCCUCCUGUCCGUGACGAGGAGAGCGAGACCCAGAGGAAGGCGCACGCGAAGAGGGUGAGAGAGACGAGGAGGUCUACGCAAGGCGUGACCUUGGAGGAAAUCAAAUCGGCCGAGCAGUUCGUGAAGAACAAGAACCAGACGACCGUCAACAAUAACAACAACGAGCAACAGCAGCCUAAUGGUGCUAACAACGGGGUUAUUGUGAGUGCUACGAUAACGACGGCGGCGCCCACCGUACCGACAAGGGACGCCAGCGCCGUUUCCGUAUCCGUUGCGGAAGCGACGGAGCCGCCCUCUGCGGCGCCGGUGGUGGCGGCUGUGGUGACCAUACCGACACAGCCGCCUCCUCCGCCCGCCCACGAGAGGCGGCCUUCCUGGAGGCUACAAGUUGACAAUGGCAAUAAGUUCAAGUUGGAGGAUGCGAACAAGGUGUCUGAAGCCCCGUCCACGCCGUCCUUCAUCAGGAGGCCCGCAAGCACUGGCGCUUCGGCGACGCGGCCCGCCUCCGCAACUUUGGACACUGCCGAGACGACGGUCACGUUGCCACUGCGUCGACCGAAAUCACUAGAUGAAAAAGAGCAAGACAAGGAGAACGAUGUUAGGAACGCCCAGGCCACGCUCGCCACCCAAGCCGCUAUCCAGCGCAGGAGAAGACCCAAGAGGAGGUCCACUGGAGUUGUGGCUUUCGACGACGUGGAAACGGAAAAGGAUAGUUCCGGUGGAGGCGAUUUCGAUGACAACGCUAAACAACAAAAUCAUCAAGAGAGUGGAAAUGAUAGGUCCAGCAGCCGAGCGUCCAGAAUAGGCAGCUCCAACGAUCUGAUACUUCGCGGCGAGAACGGCGAAAUCGACUACAAGAAACUGUACGAGCAGGCGAUCGUCGAUAACGACAGACUCAAGGACAAAUUGAGGAAAUCUGAUGAGGAUCUAAAGGAGACCAAACAGACAUUAGAAAAACUGACCACAGUUACUAGUAAAAAUUCGUUAUCAGAACUCGAGAAGAGGGAACGAAGGGCGAUGGAGAGGAAGCUGAGCGAAAUGGAGGAGGAGCUAAAGCAAUUGCAAAAAUUAAAAGCAGAGAACGAACGUCUGAGGGCCGAAAAUCGGGCCUUAACUCGCGUCGUCAGCAAACUAAGCAACUCUGCUGCGAAAUAGCAAAUGGAAGCGUACAGGAAGGAGAACACCCGGCUGAAGGAGGAGAACGGAGCUCUGAUCCGAGUAAUUAGCAAAUUAUCAAAAU